AUGAAACAAGUUAACGAAUCUGGAACCCUUGAAACCGAUGACGAUAUAGCUGCACGGCGUAUAAAGAACAGAGACCGACAACGUAGGUACCGGGCUAGGAAGCGCCUCGAAGCCGAUUCGAAGAAAGCUAAUCAUCAUGAUCAAGUGCAUGACAAUUUGACAACUAGGAAAUGUACGAGAGAUUGGAAAACCGAGGCUAGGAUGGCUCAUGGGGUGAUCGGUGAUCGAGAACACGCGAUGAUGUCUUGUUUGUCGGGGAAUUCGUUGAAUCUUGAUGAUGGCGAAAGAAUUGUUGCGAAUGGUGGUCGGAAUUGGAAAGAAGAAGCAAGAAGGAGUUUUAUGAAUGAAGGAGAAUUCUAA